AUGACCUCCAGCAUUGCCCAUGAGGAGAAGGACAUUAAACAUGAGUUCCUUCUCUGUGAGAUACAGCUUGAUUUGGGGGAUGAAGCAUUUGUGGAACCAAUCACAGAACUGUGUGGUGCCAAGCGGGUUGGUUAUUUUGGUCCAACUCAGUUUUAUGUUGCCUUGAAAUUAAUUGCUGCAGCACAGUCUGGCCUCCCUGUGAGGAUAGAGAGUAUUAAAUGUGAAUUGCCGCUGCCUCGCUUUAUGAUGUCAAAGACUGACAGUGAGAUACGAUUUGGGAACUCGGCUGAGCUGCAUGGAACUAAGGUUCAAAUUCCAUAUUUAAUCUCGGAAAAAAAUACCUUCAAAAGAACAGAUGAUGAGGAUAAACAGCAGGAAACACAGUCUCCCACGAUGUCACCCCUCGCCUCCCCUCCUUCUUCCCCGCCUCAUUACCAGAGGGUGCCCUUGAGCCAUGGCUACAGCAAACUGCGGAGCAGCACGGAGCAGAUGCAUCCAGCUCCUUAUGAAGCUAGACAGCCCCUUGUCCAGCCUGAGGGACCCUCAUCAGGGAACCAAGGAACCAAGCCUUCUCGGCAUCAGGCUUCCCUUAUCCGAUCAUUUUCAGUGGAGAGAGAACUGCAAGAUAACAACAGUAAUUACCUGGAUGAACCGUGGAGGAUAACAGAAGAGCAACGCGAGUACUAUGUCAAUCAGUUUCGAUCCCUUCAGCCAGAUCCGAGUUCCUUCAUUUCAGGUUCAGUGGCCAAGAACUUCUUCACCAAAUCAAAGCUUUCCAUUCCAGAACUCUCCUAUAUAUGGGAACUUAGUGAUGCUGACUGUGAUGGAGCCCUGACCCUGCCGGAGUUCUGUGCUGCGUUUCAUCUCAUUGUGGCCCGGAAGAACGGCUAUCCACUUCCCGAGGGCCUCCCUCCAACUCUGCAGCCAGAGUACCUGCAAGCAGCCUUUCCUAAGUCCAAGUGGGAGUGUGCGUUAUUUGAUUCUUAUUCUGAGUCCAUGCCAGCAAACCAACAACCCCAUGACUUGAAUCGGAUGGAGAAGUUAUCUAUUAAAGACAUGGCUGAGUUUCCUGUUCCUACUCAAGAUAUGACUGGUGAUGACAAACAAGCUUUGAAAAGUACUACAGAUGAAGCCUUACCAAAGGACAUGUCUGAGGAUCCAGCCACUCCUAAGGAUUCCAACAGUCUCAAAACAAGACCAAGAUCCAGAUCUUACUCUAGCACCUCCAUAGAAGAGGCCAUGAAAAGGGGCGAGGACCCUCCUACCCCGCCACCGCGGCCACAGAAAACUCAUUCCAGAGCCUCCUCCUUGGAUCUGAAUAAAGUCUUCCAGCCCAGUGUGUCAGCUACCAAGUCAGGAUUGUUACCUCCACCACCUGCACUUCCUCCAAGACCUUGUCCAUCACAGUCUGAACAAGCGUCCGAAGCUGAGCCACACCCACAGCUGAACAGAGCCCCUUCCCAAGCUGCAGAGAGUAGUCCAACAAAGAAGGACAUAUCAUAUUCUCAGCCCCCUUCAAAGCCUAUCCGUAGGAAAUUACGACCUGAAAAUCAAGCUACAGAAAAUCAAGAGCCUUGUACCACUAUUGGCGGUCCAGCUCCUGUAGCAACUGUGAAACCCCAUCCAACAUUCCAAAAACAGUCUUCCAAACAGAAGAAGGCUAUUCAAACUGCUAUCCGCAAAAAUAAAGAGGCAAAUGCAGUGCUCGCCCGGUUGAACAGUGAACUCCAGCAGCAGCUCAAGGAGGUUCAUCAAGAGCGGAUUGCAUUGGAAAACCAAUUGGAACAACUUCGUCCAGUCACCGUGUUGUGACCCCAAGACCCAAGUAAUAGUUGGUGACCUUUUCUGCCAAGAGCUCCCUUCGACUGUUUCAAUCCAACUACUUGUCAUAAAUAUCUGACUGUCAAAAGCUGUAAGCAGCAGAAUAGAAUCCAUGUUAUCUUUUCUCUUGUGUGUUUUACUGUGAUGGAAAAAUACAACUGAUUAUCACACUUGAAAUUGUAAUUAUCAGUGGAACUUCUCUCCCAUUCUUCACUUCCUUGAGGUGUUAGAUAUUGCUCCUUACCAAAAAUUAGUCUUCUAGCAAAUAACAAUUUAGAGCAUUAUUUAUUUAAAGAAUUUAUGAUUUGUACAAAACCUUAUAACCCAGUACCUUCAGGAUGCUUGUUUUAUUUUUGUGUGUAUAUCAUGUACAGUGGGUUGGUUUCCUGAAUAAUUGGAAUUCUAACUGUAUAGUCUUUGGCAUGAUGAUAAUAAAAACAAAAACUAAAAUAAAACAAAAGCAUCAGAUUUAGAAUGGCUCUGUGCCCUCUACCACCAUAUGCCAAAAAAAUGCUUCUUUAGUGCCAUUUUGAUAUUAUAUCUAGCUAUAAAUAAUACAUGACUAUUGUUUUCUACUGAAUGUCAAAGACUGACUGGGUCUUUACACCUCUGUAAAGUGGAAUUUUUGUUAGUGAUCUAUUUAACUUGGCCCAGCUAGGCCUUCAACUCAGAUAACUCAGUCCUUUCAUGUAAAUUUUAGGUCAAGAGCAAUGUGCUUUAACUGCCUCACCUGAUCAAAUUAAAUAAAUAGUUGCCAGAUUUCUUACUUUUAUCCUGCAUGGGAUAACAUAUCUGUAAAUGCAUGAAUUUGGAAACUACUCAUCAAAGAUGAAAGGCCGAUGAGACUGGAUUAACAUUUGUUGUUUGAACCCAGGUAUUCAAACUGGGGAAGAAGAGGGAAAAUGGUUGUUACUAACCAUUCGACAAUUUCUGGUAAUUAUUUUUGUCUUUGUUAUUGUAACCUGGAUUGUGAGUGUAUUGGGUAUGAAGACAUAAUGAAAGAAAACCAAUUCUGACACCGGAUAUAUAACUAUUUGGUUCUAUGUGAAGUGUAUCCUUGAGAAGUGAUUGGUUUAUGUGCAGUCCAGAGGGGCCCAAUUGACUCCAGUGUAAGUGAGAUAAUACAGUGAAUUCAAAUCGCAGAAGCUAGUGUCCUACAGAAAUUCUGAUAGCUGCUGCUUCACCUGAAAGCUCAAGUUGAAAAUGGGAAUUGACUAACCCUCACAGGGAUCAGGGCACACCAGCUUUAAUAUCAAUUUGAGAGAUUGAUGGAAAGAAAUGCUGUCUCUUACGCAUUUUGCUACUUUAUCCAUUUUUAGGAUAGAGGAGUGGGGUGUGCCUAGGGUCCCUUUUGAAGUGGUUUGGAUAGGUUUGUAGCAUGUGAGAUUGUCUUUGAUUUUAAUAGUAUGGACAGCUUUUAGAAAAGUUGGCGUUUAUUUAAUGCUUCCUUAUUCCAUUGUCAAGCUUUAUCAAUAGCUUAAUGGCAGAAGAGAAAGGCUCAAACAGAUGAUGUUUUUCCAAAGAAAAACAAAUUGUUGGUUCUGUUCUGUGCAUAUUAAAGGCUUUCGAAUUGGUUUGAUUUUAAAAAUCAGAAAUCUUGAACUCUUUAUCUAUUCAUACCCUUUUCUUUCCCCCUUUGACUGCUUUUUCCAUCCCUGUAAGAAUGGUUCAGAAUUAGUUUCAACCCUUCCUAAGGUCAUGAAUGAGUCAGUGCAAAGUUAACCUCUUUUCCCAUGUUCUGAGAUCUGGGGGCUGCAACAAAUUUAAUCAACAGUGUCCUUGUCACAGACAUAUCACAGCAUGUUUGCCUUUUGUUACAUUCAAUGUAGGAAAGAACAGCGUAUGCACUUUAUCCCAUAAUCUUCCAGUACAUAUACACUCACUCGAGAUAGCACUUCAUAUCCAUUAAGCAGACAUAUAAACUAAGGAAUGUUACUCUAUAUUAUGUAUUUUUAAGAUGUUGACAUCCCCCCCCCCCCCAGCAAGCCAAUGCCAGAGUGAGCCAAAUUAGGUUGGGGUUUUGUUUAGUUUGGUUUUCAUUAAAGGAAAAAAACUUGCAUUGGACAAUCAAAGCUCCAUGAGUUGCAUAGUUUCACCAAUAUUUUAAGAUAAACAUUGCAUUAAAGCACAUACCAAUAAUAUCUAUACUAAGUCUUGACUGGACUUUUAGUGACCACAGUUUAUUAGUUGUUUAGAAGUGGAUUUUUAAAAAAUAAUUAAACACAAACACAUAGACGUACAUAUACUUACACACAUUAUUAUUACCUAACUAGUGCUCAUUCUCUCUUUCUCUGUUUUCUUAGGAUGUAUACUUUCAGUUUAGGAUUAUAACUCCUGAUAAUGUUUCUGUGAGCCUUUAAAUGUGGUUUAUAGGAAAGCUGGGCUAUUGAAAUCACCAUUAUAUCUCUUCUAUAAAACUACUCUAAAAUUAGACCUGCUUGUUGGGCAGAGUUCUGUGGACAGAGGCCAAUGUCGCCCCCAUACAUGGGGAUUUAAUAACCUUGUUGUUAAGUGGUCUUCUUCCAUAGGGGUUCUGUAGUCCCAUGGAUGAAAGUACAGUAGAAGCUGAUAGUGGGCUUAUUAGAUACCUCAAUGUCUUGUAUGUGGCAUAUUGCUUUUGCCACCUCUCUAUCCAGUAGACAUGGAGCAAAACCAAAAUGUAGAUUUUUGGAAUGGAGGUACAUGUUGUCAUCAAGGCAGAUAUUUGCUUUAGUUGGGAGGAUUUAACUGCUUUAUUAUUAUUAGAGAAGUGCUUUUGGCCUGAUUGGGAGAAGAGGCAGCUUAACUGAAAGCUGUGCCCAUUUUACUGUCAUUGGAGACUAGGAUGCCUGACCUGAGAGGCUAGGAUACCUGUACCCAUCUCUUGCUGUUUGCUAAUGGGGAAACCGAGGCCCUGGGAAACCACAGUUCCUAGCCCAAGGAUCCAUAGAAAGAAGUAAGUAGUGGCAGAGUUGGGAUGCCAGCCUGAUUUUAUGGAUUCUAAGUUAACUUUUCGAGCCUCUAGCAAUAUUAAAAACAGAUUAGAAGGGUUUCUUCUAGUUACCUUGUUGGAUUUUAUUUACUUAAUUAAUCAGUCUUAAAAUAUGCAAACAUAUUUUAAUGAACAUUAGAGCUAAAUAUUUCUCAUGGAUGAAAGCAAAAAAUAAAAAAUCUGAAGCGAAAGAAUAUGAUUAACUAUUUGUUCUUUCAAACACCUCACCUUUCAUGAUGCAAUAAGUUACUCUGAGUUUCUUGGCAGAACUUUUGAGGGCUAUUGCUUUGAAUGGAUUCCAUUCCUGUAUUCCUUAUGGGAGUUUGUUUUUAAAAUAGACUAGAAAUGAACUCAAUAUGUAGUAAGUUAGUUUUCUUCAAUAUAUCUUUGGUUACUUGGGUUGCAAAUGUUCAAUUUCAGCAUACUUUAGGGUGAGUAAUCAAAAACACGAGUUUUCCUUUGAUUUCCUACCAAUGUCUGAACUCUAUCAUGAAGCAUCCUUCUCUUCAUAUGUGACUUGAUUCUAUAGUCUGUUUCUACAUGAUAUUGUCUAUUUCUUAAAUGAUCUCACCCUCACGGUAAUAAUAGAUGUGUAUUCAGAAUAUCAGUAAGAAAAUAAUCUGCAACGAAAAUAAUCUGCAACGGAUGUGUUUUUUACAGUUAAGGCAAGCUUUUGCAAGUGUCUUCUAAGCAGUAGUUUGAAAUAUCUCAAUUGUAGUAUAACACCUUAGAGCUAAAAACAUUUGUCCAACACAAACUAGAAUCACCCUCCUGGCUAGAUACCACCAAGGGAAAUGUGAUUUUAAACAUAUAUAAAAAAGAAUUUCAAAUAUCUUAGCAACCAGAUCUUUCCAUGUUGACCAGUAGGAUUCAAUAAGUUGUAGCUUGCAAGUUAGGAAUAUGUGAACAAAAUGAAAUCUCAGUUGAGAACCUUUUUCUCUCUAGUUAAAUAGAACACUAGUAACUUGGGUUUCUCUUUCCAACUGGUUUAUUCUGUUUUAAGUGUAUACUUUUAAAACUCUGAUCAAAGGAUCACUUGAAUUUACACUAGUUUUUGUGUUCUGUUAUGGGUUUUUUGCAUCAUGAGUCAGUGUAGAACAAAGUAGGGAUUUGGGUUUUUGGAGUCCUGAGCUGGCAUAUCUUGCUUCUUCUUUGGCACAGCUAAGGGAAACUGCCCACCAAUGCCAACAGAUCAGUCAUUAAUGGAUAUUUGAGUGUGAGUUUACUCUGUAACCACCCUGCUUUACUUGUUUGCAUUGAGAAAUGCAUCUAGUUUUGUGACCCUCCCAAGAGCAACUUUAAGAACAGCAGACAUGGAGAGCCAGACUGUAAAAUCAAUACAAGCAGAUUCUAAGAGCUGCUUUCCUCCUCAAAAAUAGGCUUUCAGAGGCUGCCUUACAAGCAUUCCUUGAAACAACCAGUCUGUUAAAGUGAGCAAGACAUUCCAGAUCGGUAGUUGCUUUAAGGCUUAUGUAGUUAUUUUCUAUGUUGACUAACACAAAUGAUGUUAAAGGAACCUUUUCUAAAAGGCAUUGCAGGGUUUCUAUUGAGAGGACUUGUACAAGUUACAGAAGCCUUGCUCUGCUCUGAACAAUUGGGGGGGGGUGGUGUAUUUUUUGUGUUUUGUGAGUUUUCCUAUCUCUCUCUAAGUUAAGUUCAUUGCUGUGUGAGGUUGAAGAAAGUGGUUUUAUGACUUUGAAGACCAGAGGACAUUGGCUUGAAUUGAAAUUUGGUGACUACAAGAAGGAAAACUUCACGUACCAGUUCCAUCCUAAAGCUCCUCCAGGGAGCUCUGCCCUGGGAAUGGAACAAUUGAUGCCAUACUUUCAUUGCAUGAUGAUUGGAUCAAAUGAAGUGUGUGUGUGUGUGUGUGUGUGUGUGUGUGUUUCUGUUUUAAGACAACUUGCAUGAGGGCUUCAAAUGAACCCACCUUGGGAACUGGGUACACCUUUUUCUUUAGCACUACCAUUCCGUUUUUCUUUAACACAAAUAUGUUCAAGUGAGCCACAGGCGGGAAGAGCCAUUUUAGUUUUUGUAACAGUGGGUCAGAAGAGAUAAUGAGCUGAUGGUCUAUUUUAACCUUGAAAGUAAAAAUGUAUAUUUUUUCAUGACAGGUGCAUUGAACAGUAAACAAGUAACAGCAAAGUAUAUAUUUGAUGUCUUCUCUCUUUUCAUGAUUAUGUGCUAAUAAGUUGUGUUAAUAUUUUAUUCAGCCAGAGUCUCAUUCAUUUGCUAAGCAUUAGGAACAUUAUGUAUAUUGAUCUUAAAUAUAAAUAAAUAUAGGGUAUCGUAUAUUUGGAUUCUGACUUGUAGACUCAAGCUAACCUUUACUGCCUCUUUUUCACACUUGUUGGAAAGUCUAUGAAGAACAUAAUAGGUUAAAAGUCUCCAGCUUUGGAAAAUGUACAUGAUGUGAAACUGGAGUGUUAUGUUAAAAAUAAAUGUCUUGGUGUCUAUUUGUGGUCUGCAUUUGGUCUUGUGCAUUUAAUGCAAGUAACAUGAAAAGGAGUUGAAGGUCUUCCCAAUUAAAUCAAAGUCUCAGAUUUGGGUAUUUUCACCUUCCAGUGAUCUGAGCUAGUUCCUUAAAUAUCUGUACACAGUAAACACAAGGCAAUCAUGGGAAAUCAUGGCUAAUUCACAGUGCAUUUUAAAGAUCCCACUGAAGUAAAAACUUGGCUUAAUAUGGUGUCAGAUUAUUUGCUUCAUCUUGUCAGUGUUCUUUUUAAAAAUGUUUUAUUGAAUUUACUGGUGUGACAUUGGUUAAUAAAAUUAUUUAGGUC